AACUCCAUUUCUUAGGAUUAUGAGGUCUUCAAGGCACCCUUGUACAGGAUCAACACUAUGUUACAGAUUCUGAUUCUUCUGGGAGUGGCAGCCUUGGUAGCAGCAGACAGCAGAAGCAGAGAAACCUUUGCUUAUGCAGCUCCACGAGCUUUUUCUGCCGAAUCGUUUGAGUCUGGUGAGGCUAAGUACGACUUUGAGUGGUCCGUAAGAGACGAUUCCUCCAGCAACGACUUCGCCCACCAGGAGGCUCGCAAUGAGGAUGACACCAAGGGGUCGUACACCGUACAGCUCCCCGAUGGUCGUCUACAGACUGUGACUUACUACGUGGACGGUGACUCAGGCUACGUGGCCGAGGUGACUUACCAGGGAGAAGCUCGCUACCCUGACUCUGAUGAGUCCAGGGAGUACGCACCACCCAGGCCCCGAUACUUAACUCCCGACUCCAAUGAGUCAAAGUGA